UCGAAUAUAAUCAAAUCAUAGAAUCAGUACUUGGGUUCAUACAAUCAAAGCCUAACGUACAAAUCUAGGGUUCUCCAUACCCAGAUGAAUGGGAGAACUACUCCAUGGAUAAAGAAGCAAAAGCAGAAUCAGACGCGGAAUUCAUACUGUGAAGGAUGGAUUCCUGCUCCUGGACGUUGAUUGGCACUCCUCCAAGCUCAAACUGGCCUCCAAUGGUGUUGAAGAUCAAUCUAGGGCACUUGGAGACUCUUGUUCGUCGCUUUCUCUCUCUAGGAAUCGUUCUCUCUCUCAAAAACUCGAAUCCCCUUCUCUUUGGCUGAAAAUCUGCUUAAAAAGGCAUCAGAGGCCAAAACACGGUCGAGGGCACGGCCGUGUAAUGCCUCAGCCCGCCCGUGUUUUGGCUAGGGUUAAUUACACGGCCUGUGCAUUGGCCGAAACACGGGCGUGUUUGGUAGUGGGCACGGCCGUGCUUCGGAUGGACACGGCCGUGUUUCUGCCCGUGUUUUUAGCCAAUGUUUGCCCAACUUGAAUUUGCUCUCGGUAGUAAAAACACGGCCACAGAACACGGCCGUGUUCUGUUUUAGGUCUGCCCGUGUUUUGGCUCCAGCUUGACGAAAUGACCUCCGAAUGCCCCGAAACUCGUGCUUAGCCUUUCCUUUGACGUCUGGGACCUGAAACAUAACAAAAUAGAACAACCCGGCGUAAAAUAGGCCAAAAUACACGACUAUGCCUCUCAAACGGAUAAGAAUUAGGGGUGCAAAUACAUGCAAUUACAUCGUUAUCACCAGGUUGAGAGGACAUCAUAACCAAGGGUUGUUAAAUUCUUAUUUGCGUGGUGAUAAUGAUCUGAAAUUGUCUGGGAAGCCUGUGAUUUUGGCUACAACUCAUACAGGUAGUCCAAGAUACAAGUAUGAAAAUUUUCAGGAUGCUAUGGCCAUUUGAAAUGGUUGGGAUAUCCAGAUUUGUUUAUUACAUUAACCUGCAACUCCAAUUGGCCUGAGAUACAAAAUAUGGUUGAUAUUUGAUGCUCUAAAACACAACUCCUAACAAAGGCCAAGUGUAACCAAUGAAAGGGACUGCAGUAUAGUGGCUCAAGUGAUAAAUAUCGAAUCCACGGGUCUCUAGAGUUACUAUUACUCAACUUCAGUUUAUUAUUUAGCAAAUCAGAUUAAGAUGAAAGAACUAAAACUACUCUAGCAAACUACAGUUAAAGUUAAUCUAAUUACAGGUUGGGAACUCACUUAGGUAUGAUUCCCCCUAGCCACUAGCCAGAUUAAUGAUUGAUGAUCUCUAACUUGUUUCACUUUCAUUCACAAUGCGGAGAAUCCUUGACUAGACCUUGAGUCUCGACUAAAGGAACAAGGCCCUCUUGAGUCAAUUGCCUAGAGGGACGUAUCCUUCUCUAGAACAACUGAUCAAGGCGUUCUGAACUAGACUCCCUCUAUCGAAAGGGGUUCUCAAUCGAUACAAAGCAGUGAAUCAACCCUCGACUAAAGCAAUCGAUCCACUACUAUCAAUCUAUGGUGCUCUAUUGACCUAAUCAGGUAUUCCCUCUCAUAGGAUCAAAGCAGAAUCAAUAAUCUCGACUAAAGCAGAAUUGAAUCAUGAAAACAUGCAUAGAUUGAAUAUGAACUCAAGAUUAUCAAGUCAGAGUACUCAUACAAUCAUCCAAUCAAACAAACAUAGCUAGGGUUCCUCAAAACCUAAGUGAAGGGAAGUUACUCCAUAGAGAAGAGAGAGACUGCAGUAAGAAUCUUCAGAUGAUCAGUCUUCAAGUCCGGGCUUGUUCCUCGAGCUUCCAAGGCGAAGAAAUCCUCCUUCUCUACUCCAAGAAUGCCCUCAAAUCGCCCUCUCUCUCUAGGGUUCGUCCCUUGGGUGUUUGGGAUCCAAAAACCCAGCUCCCUCCUCCUUUGGCUCGAAUUUGGGUUAAAAACAGCCAUUCCCGACUCGCACGGCCAGGGUGCACGGCCGUGCACAUCACCAUUCUGGCUGUGCACCUCAAAACGCGGCGUAUCAAUUCGUUGAACCUCAGCCAACUCGCACGGCCAAACUGGUCACUUGCACGGCCGUGCGUGGCCACGCACAAUCCCGUGCGUGCCCACGCACAAUCCCGCACGGCCAAACUGGUCACUUGCACGGCCGUGCGUGGCCACGCACAAUCCCGUGCGUGCCCACGCACGAUCCCGCACGGCCAAACUGGUCAAUUGCACGGCCGUGCGGGUUGUGGGUGUGCCCGUGCGACUUCCUCAGAACCUCGCCAUGCGUCCGAUCCUCGUCCAAUCGACCCCAGACUCGCUCCUAAGCCUUCAUUCACGUCCUAGGACCUGAAAUAUCACAAACAAGCACAACCUACCGUGAAAUCGGCCUAAAACACGAGAAUCAACACCUCAAACGGUGUAAGAAUGGGGGUAAAAACAUGUGUAAAUGACGGUCUAUCAAACUCCCCCACACUUAACCGUUUGCUUGUCCCCAAGCAAACCUAACUCAAACCAAUGCAACUCUCCAGACCUCUAUAGCAACAAACACCCCAGAUCGUAGGUAGAGGACUUCCUAGAUCAUUUAGCAACUUACGAGGUCAACCGAAACACAAGUCAUCUCAUAGCUUCUUCGGCGAGAGCACUAGUAUCGAGUCGGCAUCAUGGCAAAUAGUGAACAGAGGACAAAUGAAUUGUGGAUGAAGAG